AUGAGCAAUCCCGUUGAUACCAAGCCGCCCAGCGGCGAUCCCGAGGUGGAGGGACACAAAGCUACCGUCGAGCAUGCCUACGACAUCGACGAAAAGGCUCGAGCCGCCGACUACAGGGCUGACGCCAUUGAAGCAGAGAACACGGAGCACAAAAUGGGCGUGCUCGAAGCUGCGAAGGCUUACCCCAUGGCUUCUCUUUGGGCCUUCACAAUGUCUUGCACUAUCAUCAUGGAGUCUUACUGCGUCUUCCUGAUGGGCAACUUCAUUGCGCUGCCUGCCUUCGCCGCUCAAUUUGGCGUUCUAAACGAAGCGACUGGUAAGAUGGUCAUCGAAACCAAGUGGCAGUCUGCCCUUCAGGUUGGCGGUCCCCUUGGUGCUAUCAUCGGUGUGUGCCUUGCCGGCCCCCUGACGAGCCGUAUUGGAUACCGCUGGGCGACUAUUUCUGGGCUUAUGGCCCUCAACGCCUUCAUCUUCGUCUUCUAUUUCGCAAACUCGCUGCCCGUUAUUCUGGCCUCUCAGCUACUAGAGGGUAUACCAUGGGGUAUCUUUAUUGCAAAUGCCCCCGCCUAUUGCAGUGAGAUCGUGCCUAUGAGGCUGAGAGCCCCAGCCACUCAGAUGCUGCAGAUGUUCUGGGCUAUUGGUGCCAUUAUCGUCGGUGCUGUUACUUAUCGUUAUAACACGCUUGACAGCGAGACAGCCUUCAGGGUCCCUAUUGCGCUACAGUGGAUGUUCCCUACGCCUCUCGCCAUUCUCAUCUGGAUUGCCCCCGAAUCCCCUUGGUGGCUCGUCCGUAGGGGCCGUCUCGAAGAUGCUGAGCGUUCUGUUCAACGCCUGGGACGUACGUCUGUGGCCGUUAACCUGAAAGAGUCGGUGGCUAUGAUGCGUCGUACCAUCGAGCUCGAGAAGACUGAAAAGGAGCCCAACCACCUCGAGCUGUUCAAGGGUACUGAUUGUUACCGUACUCUGAUUGUCUGCUGUGUGUAUGCGGCGCAGAACCUGACUGGUAACCUCAUCGCGAACCAAGCCGUCUAUUUCUUCGAACAGGCUGGCAUGAGCACCGACACCGCUUUUGCGAUGGGCCUUAUCACCUCGGCCUUGCAAACCGUCAUGGUCAUGCUCUCCUGGAUUCUUACUACUUAUCUCGGCCGCCGCACGAUCUACCUCUGGGGUUCCGCAUUCAAUGUCGUUUUACUCGUCGCCCUCGGCGUUGCCGCCUCCUUCGGCAAGUCGACUGCCGCCUCUUUGGCGCAGGCGUCGCUUGGCCUCAUUGUAUCUGUUCUCUUCACGCUCGGCCCAGCGCCCGCGUCAUGGGUCAUUAUUGGCGAGACGUCGGCGAUUCGCUUGAGGCCCCUGACUACAGGUAUCGGCCGCGGUUGCUACUAUGUUAUCAACAUCCCGUGCAUUUUUCUUGCAAGCUACAUGCUUAAUCCCAAAUCUGGUAACCUUGGCGGCAAGUGCGGGUAUGUUUGGGGCGGCACAGGUCUGUUUUGCUUGAUUAUGGCAUAUUUCUAUUUGCCGGAGAUGAAGGGGCGCUCAUACCGCGAGAUCGACAUUCUAUUUAAGCGUCGCGUUCCGGCACGUAAGUGGACAAAGACGGCGGUUGACAUCAACGACGACCAGUAG